CGCUCGCUGUCAACCGUCGGCGAGACGACCCCAGGCUUUCCGCUCAGACCGGGGUCCCGGAGGUGGACCACACCACCCCGACCCCGGGAAUUCCGCCUCCAUCCCUUCAGAACACACCCGCUCGACCUCCCUCCUCCCAGAAUGGAGAAACCGCUCUCUGAAACGAAGAAGGUGACCUUUGACCGUUGACCCAGAGAAGCCGGGAAUCCUCAGCAGCAGAAUCCCAGGCUACUGUCGAUUUCAACUCCAUCAGUUAUCAAAAAUGCAAGAAAAGCGAAAUGUUCAGAUAAUCGAAUGGGAUGACUUGGACAAGAAAAAAUUCUACUGUAUUGGUGUUUUGAUGACUCUGUCUUUGCGGCUUACAGUGUAUCCAGCUGCACUAAUUAGGACAAGGCUUCAGGUACAAAAGGGGAAGAGUUAUUACCACGGCACUUUUGACGCAUUCAUUAAAAUCCUACGAGCCGAAGGCAUACGAGGACUUUACAGGGGAUUUCUGGUGAACACAUUGACCCUAAUCUCUGGCCAAGGAUAUAUUACAACAUACGAGCUGGUACGUGUCUAUGUGGCCAACUACAGCAAUAGUAAUGCUGUUAAGUCACUCGUAGCAGGAGGCGCAGCAUCACUUGUGGCACAGAGCAUUAUUGUGCCUAUUGAUAUCAUAUCGCAGCACCUGAUGGUUGCAGGCCACAAAGGGAACCUGGGCAGGUUCAAGCUGUCAUCAAAUGAUAGAAAAUACAAACAAGCAUUCGGACAAACUCAGGAAGUUGUCACUCAAAUUUUCAGGCUUGACGGCCCAAAAGGAUUUUACAGAGGAUAUUUAGCUUCUUUGAUGACAUACAUUCCUAACAGUGCCAUCUGGUGGCCUUUUUAUCACUUCUAUGCAGAACAGCUGUCAAAAUUGGUUCCCAAUGAAUGCCCUCAUCUGGUCCUCCAAGGAAUUGCUGGUCCACUGGCAGCAGCCACAGCAUCUACACUCACCAACCCAAUGGAUGUGGUCAGGGCUAGGGUUCAGGUGGGGGGAAGGUCCUCGAUAAUUGGAACUUUCAAGCAUCUUCUCAGAGAAGAAGGUCCGUUGGGCCUGACCAAGGGAUUGUCAGCACGCAUCUUAUCUUCUGCCCCAACAACUCUCCUCUUGGUGAUUGGUUACGAAACACUGAAAAAAAUAAGUUUGAGGAAAGAGCUAAUGGAAACUCGACACUGGUAGCUGCCUUGAGUUAGGAUCUAAUUGCAACAAACAAAUGCAAGUUUCUACAGUGGCUAUUAAUGCAUUGUUAUGAAAGUUUGAUCACCUUAUAUGUGAACAUAUUGACUGAAAUGAUGCAGGUACCACAUUAAGGCAAAGGACCUUAUUGUAAAAAUUAUCUUUGUCUUUUGGUUUAAGAGUGUUAUCACACCCUAGUUAGACUCUAUAAUGUCUGAUAUUCUGUAACCUUGAUCAUAAAUUCACAUGUCAUGAGUGUCUGAACUGGAAAUCAAAUCAUUAUGAACAGUCUGCUUAGUGCAGCCAGUGGUGUAAUAUUGUCAUACUGUAUGCACUUGAAUUAUGGAAACACCUAUCAGUCCAUUGAUAGAUUUUGACUUUCAAACCUGGGAUUUGUUGGGGAAGAUUUUAAGUUGCAUUACAUAAAGUUGCUGCACUACCAGUAAGACUGGUGCUCCUAGAGGUUGGUGACGAGGUUAGGAGAUUUCUUGGCUUGAAAUGCUUGGAUAUUGGUCCGAGUGAAAUUGCUGUCCUCAUAGCCUCCCUAAUGUAUGAAUGGAAAUAGACUGAAGCUGCAUUUACACUGUAAGCCAGGAACAGAAUGAAUCACUCCUGAGAUUGUUCCACAUUUUGAAGCGUUGGCUUGGACAGACUCCUCAAACUUCAUUUCCUUUCUCUCUUUAUACAGCUAUUUUAAAGGCUAAAAGUGGUGUUUAAAUGCCCCACAGUGUUAUUCAAGCAGCUUGGAUCACUUUUAGCUUUAAGGGCAGAAUAGAUUCUGUGCAUUUAAUAGAAAUUAAUUAAUAUUUAUUUGAUGGUUCAUAAUGUACUUGUGAGUAACUGUUUUAUCUUCAUAAAACUUUUGCUUUUGAUAGCUACAAAUCAAAACAAAAUGGCAGCUUCAGUAUUUCUCUUUGACAUAGGCUCACUAAACAGGGGUCUUUGGACCAGAGUACAUAGCUGUAAUUGAAUCCCCAUUUUAAAAUACACAUUUCGUCCUGUUUAUUCUUACAAUAAAUUCCAGUGGUAUCAUUUAUAAUGGGAAGUACCUGUCACAAGGUAAUUAUACUUUCCUGUCGGUACUCAAAAUUACAUAGAAUUAUCAUAACAGAAACACAUCAUUCUGCCCAAUUGUGUCAAUGUUUCACACAAAUGUCCUCCCACUGAAUCUUCAUUUCACCCUAUAUUCUUUGUCUCACAUAUAAUUCCCUAGCUCUCCCAUAAAGGCAGAAAAUGUGACCUUUUCACAGAGGAACCUAUAAUAGUAAAGUGAAGAAAUGAACGAAGUCUAACAGUUUUAAUUGAUCUUCCUCGCCAUUGCACACAGAAUGUGAUGAGAAAAUAUCUUCUGAGGAGCAAGGAUUGUGGAUCGGGGAAUAAAUGGUUUAAACCAA